AUGCCGCGAAGCAAUAAGAAGAAACAGAUUGAAGACUUACCGUCGGACUCCGACCAUUUCCCUGAAUUUCCAGAGGAAGAGGCCUUCUCUUCAUUGUCGGAGGAAGAGGAGGCUGAGGAGAGAAAAAAGCCUGUCGCCGAGAAGGAUGCGGAGGAGGAAGAGCUAGAGAAGUUCGUUCUGGGUGCCAAAGAGACAUUCCGAGAGCAAUUGUUUCGCGAUGACUUCCUUGCGCCUGCGAAUGACCCAACUGCGCUCGUUAAAGCCGGCGAUGACGAGGAGGAGACGGGCCAUGAGCACCUCGACGACUCGAUGCUCUUUGUAAUUGAUACCGAAGGCGACUCAAGCAUUCAAGUGCCUGCACCUACAAAGGUCACAGCAGAAGAAACUGGGGGAGAUGCGCCUGCUUGGGAAGAUAGCGAUGAUGAAAGGUUGACAAUAUCUCUGGCUGGUGCGACCAGACUCAGGAAACUGCGUAUCUCCGAGUCUGAAGACUUGGUCAGCGGCAUUGAGUAUGCGCGCCGGUUACGACAGCAAUAUUUACGACUCUAUCCUCAACCAGAUUGGGCAAAGGAGGCAAACGGAAGCAAGCGGAGGAGAAGGCGAUCAUUGGAUGCAUCCUCCGACUCUUUGUCGGGAUCAGACAUGGAAGUCGACAGUGACGGCGAAAGCAUCGAUGCUCCUCUGCCUCUUGAUAGCUUCCUCCGCGAUGCCAACUCCUUCAAGGUCGCCGCCGAAGAUUCGGCGCGCAGCGCAAAGCGUCGCAAGCUCCGUCCCGAAACUAUCGACAUCCAGCGUACCCGCGACAUCCCUGACACCCACAAGGCUGCCAUUAGCUCACUUGCCUUCCACCCGCGUUAUCCUAUCCUCCUUUCCUCGAGCACGUCAUCCAUUAUGUAUCUGCACAAGCUUGACGCCUCUGCUUACCCGACUCCGAACCCUCUUCUUACAUCAGUCCACGUUAAGCGCACCGACCUGCGCCGCGCCGCCUUCGUUGGGCCCGACGGCGGCGAGAUCAUUUUUGCCGGUCGUCGCAGGUACUUCCAUUGCUGGAACCUGUCUUCCGGGUUGGUUAAGAAGGUGUCCAAGAUCCAGGGACAUCAGAAAGAACAGCGAACUAUGGAGCGCUUCCGCGUCAGCCCCUGCGGCCGCUACAUGGCAUUGGUGGCUUCGGACAAGAAGGGUGGCGGUAUGCUCAACAUUAUCAAUGUUGGCACGAUGCAAUGGAUCGCGCAGGCGCGCAUCGAUGGCCGUCAUGGCGUCGCAGACUUUGCUUGGUGGAGUGAUGGUAAUGGCUUGACCAUCGCCGGCAGGGACGGACAAGUUACCGAGUGGAGCAUGAUUACUCGCCGGACGGUUGGAAUCUGGCGCGAUGAGGGCUCUAUUGGUGGCACCGUCAUGGCCUUAGGCGGCCGGAACGGCCCGGCAGAGCUUGGAGGAGACCGUUGGGUUGCUAUUGGCUCUAAUAGCGGUAUUCUCAAUGUCUACGACCGGAAUGACUUGAUCGAGAAGCCACCAAAAAAGAAUGAGUCAAACCAAGAAGAGCAAAACUCUUCAGAAAAGACCAAAGAGAUCCGCAUCAAGAAAUACCCUACGCCAACCCGCGUUUUCGAGCAGCUCACGACAUCCAUUUCGGUCGUUGCCUUUUCUCCCGACGGCCAGCUGCUCGCAUUCGGCAGCCAGCACAAAAAGGAUGCUCUUCGUCUCGUUCACCUGCCGAGCUGCACUGUGUACCGUAACUGGCCCACAGAGCAGACGCCUUUGGGCCGUGUCACAGCGAUUGCAUUCAGCAGUAAGAGCGACGUGCUGGCCGUCGGAAAUGAUGUGGGAAGGGUCAGAUUGUGGGAGAUUCGGGGGUAG